AACGACUGAAAACUGUAGAAUCCGCUGCACCAAUGUAUCCAGACCCGUACUUUAUCCUUAUAAAUGGAAACUCUUCGCCAAAAGGUUAUUUCAUGGACUGGGUACCAACCAAAUUCUUGACAAGGUGUCGAGUGUUCCAGCUUUCUCCUCCCUGUUCAUCUCUUGUACUGGACAAAGUCAGGGUUAUAUAAAUAAAAAGAAAGUAAAUGGAUUAUAAAUACCUCCAGCAGCUUUUUGCUUGAUAAAUCCAGCAAAAUAUGUACUGUAUGUUACAUACC